AUGGGUGAUCCAGUGUCUUCAAAGAGGAAAUCCUCUGUGUCCGAUGCUGUUUCUACAAGUAAGAGGCAACACCAGCAGGUUAAAGUAGAAGACGUGAAUGUUCCACUGUCAUCGCGAGAACAUUCACCAGGGCCUCAAUUGCAUACGCAACAGAGUUAUUAUGGCAAUGGUACUGACGGAGCGAGCGAAAGUGCACUUACACAGUCACGAAACAAUAAUGGGGCGACUUCAGUGGUUGCUAUCUCGGAUGCUACGCAAAAUGGGGAAGAUAGCAGCAAUAUCAGUAAUAAUAGUAAUGCCGUGUCGAAAGGUAAAGCAGUUGUCAACGCUGGUCAUAGACCGGUGACGUCGUGUACGCACUGUAGACAACACAAGAUCAAAUGUAACGCUUCAGAGAAGUUUCCUGCACCUUGUUCGAGAUGUGAGAGAAUGGGGUUGCACUGUGAGAUCGAUCCACAGUUCAGACCGAAGAAGGGUUCUCAGCUACAAAGUUUGAGAAAUGACGUCGAUGAAUUGAAAGUUAAGAUCGAGUAUUUGACCAGAAAUGAAAGUUUGAUCGCCAAGGCUCUAAAACAAAGCAAUAUAGGACAGAAUUUGUUGCAAGCUAUCAAAUCUGUUGAUUUUUCAUACAGGGUAGCAGGGCCGACUCAGGGUCAAGUAGCGAAGAAUAAGAUUUCAGUACAAACCUACCUUACGAAUGAACCACAGUUACUACAAGACUCUCAAACCACAACUACAAAUCCAACCACGUCCUCAAAUUCCAAAGUGGUUACACCCACAGGAUCUGAUCAUUCUCCUGCCAGUCAUAAUGGUGGCAGUCUAAGCAGCGGUAAACCGCAGUUGUUGAAUGAUUCAGUACCUGCAAAUACUAAAGACCGUCUCCCUCCAGUUUUGCAGAUCGCUCUGAAACGCCUAAGUCAACAAAUUUCUUCCAGUUCACCUCAGAAUAGUAGUCCAACAACUACGGGUCAUUCACCUGCUAAUGAUCUUUCUUCAAGCAAACAACAUGUUGUUGCAACGACUAAUGCAAUGCCGUUGUUGCCAUCUCCUCACGCUAAUAUCGACGAGUUUGUCUUGGGUGAUGUCCACAUUUCUAUUGAAAAAGCCACUGAGUUACACAACAUUUUUGUCGCCAGAUUUUUACCAUACUUUCCCAUAAUGCAAUCAAAUUCGGCAACUGAGCUAUAUUCUCAGUCGCAGCUUCUAUUCUGGACGGUGAUAUUAACAGCCUCAUUAUCAGACCCUGAACCAACGUUGUACAAUAAACUUUCUUCACUAAUAAAACAACUCGCCAUUGAGACUUGCUGGAUCAGAACGCCAAGAUCAACUCACAUCUCACAAGCAUUGUUAAUACUCUGUAACUGGCCUUUACCAAACCAAAAGGUUUUGGAUGAUUGCUCAUACAGAUUCGUUGGGUUAGCAAAAUCUCUAUCAUUUCAAUUGGGCUUACACCGUGGUAAGUUCAUGACAGAGUUUACCAGAACUCAAACAUCAUUGCCCGAGGCCGAAAAGUGGAGAACAAGAACAUGGUUAGGUAUAUUUUUCGCUGAACAAUUGUGGGCCAGUAUAUUAGGUCUACCACCGACCUCACAGACCGACUACUUGAUUGAGAAGGCAAGACUAGGUGAUGACGGUGAGCUACCGCCGAUUUUAAGAAAGCUAAUCUGUCUAGCUAACUUUCAAGGUAAACUCUGCAAUGUAAUGGGUACAAGUGUUGUUUCUCCUGAUGGCUUGAUGGAUGCCAGGGAGCGUGCCGGUUCUCUAGCUAUCUUGGAAAGAGAGUUAGAAAGACUUGACGUAAAAUUGAAGUUCCAAGAGGACGCUGCCGUCGAAAUUUACUUUUUAUACAUCAAGUUAAUGAUCUGCUGCUUUGCUUUCCUCCCAGAGACUCCAACUGAAGAUCAGACGAAGUAUGUCACAGAAGCAUAUUUAUGUGCAACCAAGAUAAUCACCUUAUUGACGAAGUUACUUGAAACUCAGCAACUAAUCGAGCUUCCAAUUUAUAUCAGACACAGUGCAACUUAUUCUGCUCUCAUAUUAUUCAAACUAUAUCUAACUCCACUUCUCUUGGACAAGUAUGUGGAUUCCGCCCGUCAAUCUAUUGUCACGGUGCACAGGUUAUACAGGAAUCAACUGACGGCUUGGGCCGCCAGUGUUGAGAAUGACAUCUCUCGUACUGCUAGUGUUUUGGAAAAACUCAACUUUGUUUUAGUCACUCAUCCGGAAGUAUUCAUAGAAGAGGAGGGUAUAAUUUCAAGAAUGAGAUCACAUUUGACAGGUACUUUAUUCUAUGAUUUGGUUUGGUGCGUUCAUGAGGCCAGAAGAAGACAGAUGGAUCCAAACUAUGAUGCUGAAGCUGCUAAGCGGAACAAAGAAAAAUGGUUCAAGAACAGAAGAAAGUUAUAUCCAUUGCCAUUUUAUAAUCAAAUUUCUAAAGAGGACUUUGAGACUAUUACUCAAACUACGCCCGGUGGGACUACUGUUACAACAUUGGUUCCAACUAAGAGUGCUAUCAAGCAAGCUAAGCAGCUAGCACAAUCACAAGGAGACCAAAAUGGCCCAGUCACUCAUAUUAAUGGUAUUCCGUUAUCUAUGCUUGACGAGACCGGUAGUGUCAACAUUGAAGGAUUAUUGGCCAAUGCAAACCUCAACCUUUCAAAUGAACACAGUACUGUAUUGGCUUCUUCUUCUUCUACUGCUACUAGGUUAAAUGCAGAUAACCCAACAACUGAUACCAACAAGUUCAAUGUUCAAACCGUGUUCACUCAUAAUAUCAAAAAAUCUUCAAAAAGCAGCGAUACACCUACGAACAAACCUAAAUUCAAUUCAACUUCUAGCAUUCCCACAGCUACACCAACUUCUGAGCAACGUGCAGCUCAUAAUACCAAAACUUCUGCAAGCAUUUUGACUGGUGAUCCAAACUCUCUUUUCUCUAUGAACAAUUCAUUGCAAGCGAACAUCCAACUCAACAAGACGCUUUCGGCUGAUUCUAAUGGAACUUCCAAUAACAAUAUUCCUAAUUCUACGGCACCCUUGAAUACACCAGAUACUAAUAGUUUUAAUAGUUUGACCAGAUCCCCUGAUGCCCCAUCUUACGGAAACAUGAACGUAUUUUACAAUGCUGCAAACCAGGGUACCAAUAUGAAUACCUUAUAUUCACAAUCGGUACCCAAUGCACCUCAGGGUAUAUCAGCUCCGCUAUCAGCUCAACCGGUCAAUGUCACAAAUAUACCUAACGGGAACGUCAACUCGGAACUUGAUGACUUUUUCCUACGACAGAGCGCCGGUUGGAUCGAAGGAAACUCUAGUAAUGAUGAUUUCUUGGGAUGGUUUGAUAUGAACAUGGCUCCCGAAUUUUAA